AUGUUUGACUUUGAGCACAUCAUCUCUAGCCCCUAUUAUCCGAAAUCUAAUGGACUCGCGGAAAAAGGGGUACAAAUCAUAAAGAGGCUCCUCAAGAAGGCAGGGUCAAAGGAGGAGUUUUGGCUUGGCCUCCUUAACUACCGUGCAGCUCCACUGGAAGACGGUGUCUCACCAUCGCAGUAUCUAAUGGGUCGCAACAGCAGAACACCACUCCCAGACCUUUGCUUGGAUUCACCACGGCUGCUAUCAAACCCUCGAAAACACAAGCAAAAUAUGAACACAGGACAGCAUCUCCCGCCGCUCCGCCCCGGAGACACUGUUCGUAUUUGGUCUGGAAACAAAUGGGGCACGAAAGCUAAGGUUUUGGACCUUGUGGCCCCCAGAUCGUACAGGGUGCUAACAGAGGAUGGAAGCGAAUUCAGAAGGAACCGCCAAGACUUACGGAAAACAAAAUACUCUAGCAACUCAGCACCACAGCAGCUUCAUCCUACUGGACUUAGUAACGCGGGGGACGGGAGUCAGUCAGGACUGCAGGGAGCAACCGAUGCAAAACGGGCAUUCAUGAGCGUUGACCUUCCCUUAGUGACCGCAAGAUCAACAGCAGCAGCAAGGGAACAAUGUGCGCCCCCCAAACAACUAGAAGCACCUACAGAAUCAUCGCCCAUGGUGGGACCAAGGGCUGCCGAAGAAUGCCUUCCUCCCGCACCUCCUAGACAAGCAGGAGUGUCGGGGGAAGAUGAGCCUAGAGCGUCGUCCAGCCAACAAACCACCGAGAAGCCAGCUGUGCAGGCCCCAAGAGGUUCAGCCGAGACUGCUAUAGAACACCCUUAUAAUACAUCCCCGCGGCGGUCAUCAAGAAUCAGAAGACCUCCCCACCGAUUGGGCUACCAGAAUUAA